CAUGGCACCGGGGUAGCGGGCCGGCGCGGGGCGUUUGGACAGCGCCAGCUGUUGGAAAGCGUGGAGGUUGCGGGCGGCCUAGACCGGCCAAAGUGGCCGAUGGCUGAGUCGGCAGCAUCGGGGCGCCGAGGCCGAGUCCCUGCCGUGAGCCUGGGCACGGAGGAGCCCGCCUCGGAGACGGGAGAUGACAGUCUGUCUGCGAUCACCUUUGAUUCUGACACUGAGCUGAAAGCAGAAAGGAAAGUCUCCCACAAGCCUCUGUCCACCUCACCCAAAUCACCUUACUACACCAAGCCACGGAAAAUGACGUCGUGGCGGUCCCUGCGGACCGCGGGAGGCAUGCCUCUGAGCAGCAGGCUGGCCCAGACACCGCAGAAGCUCUGGCUGGGUGCUGCUAAGCAAGGCCACACCCCGGGGAUUACCAUCUACAGAGAGAAAGAAGACAUGUACGACGAGAUCACUGAGCUGAAGAAGUUGCUGCACAUGCAGAAAAACGAUGUGGACCUGAUGAGGACAAAGCUGCGGCGCUUGGAAGAGGAAAAUAACAGGAAGGAUCGACAGAUAGAGCAGCUGCUGGACCCAGGGCGGGGCUCAGAUUUCAUCCGGACUCUGGCGGACAAGAGGCCUGAUUCUGGCUGGCAGGUCAUCACCGGGCUCAAGCAGAGGAUCUUCCGGCUGGAGCAGCAGUGCAAGGAGAAGGACAGCACCAUCAGCAAACUCCAGGCAGACAUGAAGACCACCAACCUGGAGGAGAUGCGCAUCGCCAUGGAGACCUAUGACGAUGAGAUCCACCGUCUCCAGACUCUGUUGGCAAGCUCCGAAGCUUCAGGGAAGAAGCCCUUGAUGGAGAAGCCUGGCCUGAAAAGACAGAGGAAGAUGAGCAGCGCCCUGCUGAACCUGUCCCGCAGCGUCCAGGAGCUGACUGAAGAGAACCAGAGCUUGAAGGAAGACCUGGACCGUGUGCUAAGCAACUCACCCACCGUCUCCAAAACGAAGAGUAUUUCCUGUUACCUGGACUGGAGCAAGCCCCGGCUGCUGAGGCGCAUUGUGGAGCUGGAAAAGAAACUAAGUUCUCAGGAGGGUUCAAAACUCCCGACCGCAGAGCUGGUGAGGCUGAAUCCUCUGCCCCCGUCCACAUCCAGCACGUCUGUGCACAAGCUGCCCAAAGCGCCGCCGCCACCGCCACCGCCGCCGCCGCCACCGCCGCCACUCGAGGAGCCCGAGCCUCUGCAGGAGGCCGUGCGGGAGCUGAGGCAGGAGCGGAGCUGGCUGCGGGGACAGCUACUGGAGUUUGAGGUGGAGGUGAAGCAGCUGCUGCACACGAAGGCCAGCCUGGAGCAGGAGCUGGAGAAGGCCAGGGAGAAUGAGCAGGGAAGGCAGGAGCGCGAGCAGGCUCUGCAAGAGGAGAUUCAAACACUGACCAGAAAGUGUCGAGAGCUAGAAGCUAAGAGAGAAGAGGCAGAUGCUUCCCUGGACGUGGUUCCCACGGACUUGGCUUCUGUGAGUGAGGCUCCUAUAGACCUGUCUCCUGUGGACCUGUCUCCCGUGGACCUGUCUCCUGUGGAUCUGUCUCCCGUGGAUGAAGCUCCCAUGGUCCUAACUCCUGAGGAUGUGGCCUCAGUGGAUACAGCUCCUGCAGACCUGGCUUCUGGGGACCUGGUCCCUGAGGACCCGGAGGAGCUCCGCACACCCUCGCCCUGCAGUGAGCACUCGCCCCCUGACUUAGAGCUGGAUUCCUGCAGCGAGGACGGGCAGGAGGACUGCCCUGAGUCCCUCAGCCCCGACCCCAUUCCCAGCCCCUGCUCUGACAGGAAAGAGGAUGCCGCCAGGACCCUGCAGGCCUGGUGGAAGGCCUGCCAGCAGCAGAGAAGAAAAGCUAUUCUGGAUGAGGCAACUGUGGCGCUGCAGGUGGCUUUCAGGGGACACCUGGCGCGAGCCAGGCUGCUCUCUAGCCACGCACAUGAUUCCACAUCGCCCCCCGUGCCAGCCCCGCAGGACCAGAGCUCUCCAGAGCCCCUGGUCUCCAUCUCCACCCCACACACUGAGGCUACCCCGGGCCAAGAGGAGGCCAUCACUGUCAUCCAGUCUGUCCUCCGGGGGUACCUGGCCCGGGACAGGUACAGUGUCACUAGCAAAGGGACAGCCACCGCCACCACCACCAUGUACCCAAGGAAAGCUGACCCGGCCACCCCCCCAGAAGCUGCCUCCCCGCCCUCCCUCGAAACUUCUCCUGAUAAGGAGCAGAGCGAAGCGAGCAGUGGGGAGACCACAGAGGAGGAACCCCAGCCUGGGCCCCGGGAGACGUUGGGCCCACAGCUGCACUCUGCAGAGCCCUUUCCUCCAGACCCGCAGCCAGCCUCACCCCCGCCCAUGGACAACGUGGAAGACAGCACUUCCGAUGACUCUGACGACGACAUCAUCAUCAUCGCGCCCUCUCUGCCCAUGAAGAAUAACCCCUCCCACUUCUAGGCCCCACUGCCAUUUCCAGGCAGAGGGGCUGCCAGGGGCAAAGGACGAGGCAUGCUCUGGGGAACAUGGUACUGGAAAGACAGAACAGCAUGCACCCCGCCCACGGCCUCAGCACAGGUCCCUGCCAGCCGUGCCAUUCUGUGGAGAAGGCCAGGUGGCCAACUCUAUCUCACUCCACUCUGACUGCAGUUAAGAACUUUGUCCCAGAACCAGGAGCAGCCGGAAGCCCUGCAAAGACCAGUCAGGCAGCACCUUUCCUCCUGACAUUGACCUGUGACCUGGGAGGGGCUUCUUCAUCCCAGCCGAUGCUGUGGUGUCAUCUAUGUCAUCGCUAGCUAGGGCCUCCCACUUCUCCCUGCAGACAAGUGCCUUUAGGGGGGGUGAGUUGGGCUCCCCCUGUCUCCCCCACCCCUGCUACCCGCCCGUCAUCUCUGCAGCAGCGAGCCCACGUCAUGGCCUGGGUGACACCACACACAUCCAGGUCCUCACAUGAGCUCCUUGCUACUCUCUGCCCUGUGGGCACUGCCCUUUCUAGGCAGGACUGUGGGCAGGACCUGCCAUGGGUGGGCAACCACUGCAGGAGUGCAGAGCGUCACUGCGACUAUGCCAGAUCAGCAGCUGGGAGGGGGUCACCCCACAGGAAGGCAGGGCCAAGAGACGGCUUGUCCCCCAGGGUCAGCUCCAGUCCUGACGCCAGCCAAGGCACGCUCAAGGGCGAGCAGCCCCCAUGGAGCCCAGGUCUAUGGCCCAGGCCCAAGAGUUCCCCUGGGAUGGGUGGCCAGCCUCUCAGGAUAACUUAGGGCAUGCUGGGCUCCUCUGCCCCCUUGGAUGGGUACCCCUGGCCAUCUUGAGAUGGAAGCCUCAGGGAGGGGGACCAGGAAGGAGGAGCACCAACUCAUCUACCUGCCCAGCCCUGGGGCAGGGCAGGGCACAGCUGACAGGUAUGCCUGUGCCGCCCUCCAGAGCACAAGAGUGUGACACGGCGGCCCUGCAGUGUUCAGCACUGGCAGAAUGGCUGCUCCGUCCUGUGUGGCCUGAGAACCAGCAACCCUGAGCAAUGGGUGACAAGGCAAGGGGAAGUUCAUCCUCAGGAUGUCCUUGCUCGGGCCGGUCAGCAUGCCUCCGCUUCAGGAGAGGGGGCUCGGGGCAGGACUUCAGCUUUGGGAAGAUCUGCACAUCCUCGGGUCCUGUAGCCUGACCUGUAGGUGCCUGGCCCAGGGCGGAGGGAGGAGAAGGUCAAGCUUGGCCCUGGACCUCUGACUUUUCCCCAGAAUUGUAAAUAUGUACCUGUCCCCGGCUGUCCUCUGGCCCAGCGCUGUUAUCUAUGCAAACAUUCCACCCCGAAGCUACCUCAGUAAAUGACCGUACCUCAAGCCCGCGCUCCAGUUGAUGUCCAGCGCUGGG